AUGUCGGCCCCACGCCAGCAGGUGUUGGGUUCGCUCACCCGGCGGCACGCAGUGAAGGUGGCGGCCGCGGUGAGUGUGGAGGCGUGCUGCCUGGCCAUAGGGAAUGCCGUGGGGCAUGAGAGCGUGUUGUCGGCCUCUAGGAUGAACAGUGCGGUGGUGGUUUUUCUUGACUCGAUUGAUAAAGCCAAUGAGUUGGUAGAACAGGGGAUAGUUGUUGACAAUGAACUUGUCCCCGUUCUUCCCCUUGCGUUACCAGCCAAGCGAGUCACUUUAUCCAAUGUCCCACCUUUCAUGAGUGAUGAUAUUCUGAGUCAAGCGCUGUCGCGGUAUGGCAAAUUAGUGUCCCGAAUAAAGAAGAUCUCUAUCAGUAGCGAUUCGCCUUUGUUAAAACAUGUUGUUUCUUUUAGGCGUUUUGUCUAUAUGAUCGUUAAUGAUGAUACUGAACUUGAUUUGUCACUUAACUUUCGAGUUGAUGAUUACGAUUAUAUUGUGUUUGUUACCACUGCUAAAAUUAAGUGUUUUGGCUGCGGCCAGCUGGGUCAUUUAGUACGAAACUGUCCGGACAAAAAUGUUGAAAAUGAGACACCGAUUGCAGAUGGAAUUUCAGCAAGCAUUGAGGCGGCUGUCGCCACCGGUGUUGCCGAGGCGGUGUUGCCGGAGUCGGGCUCUGUUGUGGCGGCGACAGCGGCGGGUUCUCCCGCUGAGGAUGUGGCUAGGCCAUCCGCUUCGCGGCAUGAGUACUCGCACUCGGAGUCCACCGGUGCGUUUUUAGAAGACGAUACGGUGGUUUCAGAAAGUUUAGAACUGCCUCAGGGAAACACAAUUAAGGACACGGUUUCGGAUAUGAUUUGUGAGACGGAUUGCGCUAGUUUGGAUGUUCAAGAGACGGUGUUUAAAGCUCCGUUAAAAAGAAAAAAGAGCGACAGGGUUAGUGAGGCUAAAAUUAGCAAGAAAAGUGUUGAGGAGGAUGUUGAGGAAACAGGCAGUGAUGCAGAAUGUCAUCGUCUGUCCGGUUCGUCUGUGGGGGGUCAGGAUCCGCGGGUCACAGACUGGUGCUCGCUGUCCAGCACUAAGCCUUCAGAGGACGGCCGGCCGGUCAGCAGCGUGUCCACCGUCUCGUCCGAGUCGUCCAUCGAGGGCCACAGCGGCAGAGCUGAGAUUGACCUGGAGCUCAGUCCUCCAGAGCCUCCAUCACCCUUCACCAGCGUCAUCAUGGCGCCCAGCCCUCAGCUCACACACAUGGAUCGUGUGGUCAUGGAGAUUAUCGAGACGGAGCGGAUGUACGUCAGGGAUCUGUGCAGCAUCAUAGAGGAUUAUCUUGUGCACAUUAUUGACACCAGGGACCUUCCCAUCAAACCGGAACAAGUGUGUUCACUUUUUGGGAAUAUUGAACACAUUUAUGAAUUCAACAGUGAGUUAUUACAGUCUUUAGACAUGUGUGCCAGUGAUCCUGUGGCCAUUGCACGCUGCUUUGUGGACAAGAGAGAGUGUUUUGAGAUCUACACGCAGUACUGUACAAACUACCCAAAUUCGGUGGCGGUGUUGACCGAGUGUCUGAGGAAUAAAUCUCUGGUGAAGUUCUUCAGGGAUCGUCAGGCGUCUCUCAAGCUCUCUCUUCCGUUGGGUUCUUACCUGCUCAAACCAGUUCAGAGGAUCCUCAGAUAUCACCUGCUGCUUCAGGAAAUCGCCAAACACUUUGACCCUGAGGAGGACGGGUACGAGGUGGUGAUCGAGGCUAUAGACAGCAUGACUGGAGUCGCCUGGUACAUCAACGACAUGAAGAGAAAACACGAGCACGCCGUGAGACUUCAGGAGAUCCAGUCUCUGCUCAUAAACUGGAAAGGUCCGGAUCUGACCACAUACGGUGAGCUGGUUCUGGAAGGAACGUUUCACGUCCACCGCGCCAAAAACGAGAGAACCCUCUUCCUGUUUGAUAAGAUGCUGCUCAUCACCAAGAAACGAGGAGAACAUUACGUCUAUAAGACUCACAUUUCGUGUUCCACACUGAUGCUGAUAGAAAGUGCCAAAGAUUCGCUGCGCUUCAGCGUGACGCAUUACAAGCAGCCCAAGCAGCCGCACACGGUUCAGGCCAGAACAGUGGAAGAGAAGAAACUGUGGGCUCAUCACAUAAAGAGACUCAUUCUGGAGAACCAUCACGCCGUUAUCCCGCAGAAAGCCAAAGAUGCCAUUCUGGACAUGGACUUGACAGGUCCAGUAAAGUACCGCUACAGUCCAGACAGGCUGAAGAAAGCGGCGUCCUGUCAGACGGAGGAUUUCUCUGCUAUGUUAAAGGAACGGAGACGCUCUGAACCAGCGAAACAAAGUGUAAGACGAACAAAAGGUAACGGCUCUAUUUACUCACAGCAGGUGUGUGCGGUUGUUUCCGCUCAUGUAGGAGACACGUAUGUGCUACUGUCCCUCGGUCGCUUUAGCAUCGACUCGACCCGUCCCUCCGGUCAUGCAGACAGCGAAGGUACUUUAUUAGUGGAUAAAGACAGUCUUUCCAUACUGUCCGCUACCAACGUCACGACUGUGAGCUCAAACCCAGAACUCAAGACUGCGUUACCUGGAAUGAUUCAGAAUGGACAAGAUCAUGAAUCCAGCACAGGCUCGCUGGAUGACAUCAAGGAACGUAGAUUUGAAGAGAAAGCAAAGAGCGCAGAGGACACCAUAGGAGGAGAUAAUGGAGAGGACGAAGAUCUGAUGGGAGUAGAGCAGGAGAGUGAUGGUUGUUUGGAAAAUUGGCCAUUGAACAAAAGCAGCCAAACACCCACUAAAGAAAAACAUGAUGAUAGUACUGAAAGUUUGUCUCUCUUCAGACAGAGCUCAACUGGGGAACGCAGUUCACAGAAGUUCUUCCCUUCCUUUAGAGAGACAGAGGAGACAGGUGUGGACCAAUCCGAUAAUUAUCCCGAAAUGUGUGAUCCAGAGAUAGUACACCUCAAUAAUAGAGGACAAGAAAUCAGAGAUAAUAUGGAGGACUGUGUUGUAUUCCCAUCACCUACUGGACUUGAAAUGAAGGAAAAAGAAGGGACUCAAGCCAGCAGUAACCUCUCAGAGUAUGUGCCGAACAUUGAGAUAGAUGUGGACGUUGAAGCACCUUGUGGCCUCUUUUCUUCACCCGUACUGGACAAGGCAAGCAAUAUCUCAGAGCAAUGUGUCUGCAGCCUCUCUCAAAGAAGCAGUCUAGGAGUCGAAGGCUCAUUUGACUUGGGCUGCCCGUCUUCUUGUUUGGAAAGUAGAAGAAGCAGUUUGCUCAGCAGUGGUGCUGAAACCAAUGAGAAAGACAAAGGGCAAGAGUUUAGACCGUCCACUCCAGAAUUAAUAACAGAGACCAUUCCUUACAGCACGUUCAUUCCAGACCAAAGAUCUGAAAAGAAACAAGACACUCUUUCCAAAAAGGACCGAUUGCUCAUACAUAAGAUUCAGCGAUACUACACACAUGCUGAGCACCAGGAUGCCAGCUUUGCCAUCAAACGCAGAGAGAGCCUUUCAUACAUCCCUGCAGGCCUAGUUCGUAAUCUCAGCCAGCAACUCAAUGACCUUACAGACGAAGAUUUGGCAUUGCACAAGAGAGCGUUUUCUGUCACAAGGCCUACUUUAUGGUCUGUCUUUAAUCUUCCAGGCUUGGGGGAUGACAAGAAAGCAAAGGAUAGCUCUGAUUUUGUGGUUCCUUCAUAUGGCAAAGAGUCCGAGCUUAGAGACCUAAGUGUAAAUGAGAAAUUCCAGCCUGCAUCUGAAAUGGUUAAAGUGUGGCAAGACAUAGAAGUGGAGAUAACUGGGACAUCUGGACAACAUCAGGACUCUGAGAAUUCCGAAAUGACUUCACCUGGUGAAGAAAAAAAAGCAGAAACCAGUAAGGUGAGCUCGGAUAGUGGAUUUGGGGAACCUCCAGUAAUAUGGGAAGAAUCUGAUGAAAACUCUACCUCAUCCCCAAUCAGCGAAAUCAUUGAAAAGGACAAGAUGCAAGAUUUUCAGAGGCAUCCAAACGAGAAACACAAGUUACAAGAGCGGCACAAGGUCAACCACCCUCCUCUACCGAAGAUCAUCUCCUUAAGGUCCUCCAAUGAAGAUGAACUCAUCCUUCAAGAUAUGGAGAAGAUGAAAAAUAAGGUGUUUCAUUUGGCCAGGCAGUACAGUCAGCGUAUCAAAAACAGCAGGCCGGUAAGGCAGAGGCCCAAGAUCUCAGAGAACUAUUUUGUGCCCAAGAACCUGUCUUCGGUGAUGGAGGUGAGACCUCCAGCAAAAGAGAAAGGCAUGCCUGACAGGCCACAGUUGCUGAACUUGAAUGAGCAGGACCUUAUCCUGGACUCUACGCCUACUAGUCCACCUUCCAGACUCUGUUCUCCUGGAAGUCCUCAAUUCCUUAAUUGCAGAUUAUAUGCCCAGAGACCACAAAGUCCCGAACAAACUGAGACCUUCCACUGGCCGGAUGUCAAAGAGUUGCGUUCCAAAUAUAACAAUCAAAGGAACGAUGUUGCAACCGCCUCCUCUCGUCCAUUCCCAGUGAGUCGUAGUACUUCCUUUCAAGAAAGAGCUCUGGAGAACAGAUCAGAGAGAUCCAGAGCAUUACGUUCUUUGUCUUGUUCAAAUUCUUUCUGCACUAUCUCAGUUCAGAGAACCACAUCCACAGAUUCUACGUGUUCCAGCAAGACCCUUGAAGGUGAAGAUUUGCCUUCACUGUGUAGAGUUAAUGCUUUUGAUUUUAGCUUGGGAUCCACUAAUGCACAUGAGCAACUGGACAGAGGUUGCAACGCUGGUCAAUAUGAGAACAACCUCAUUUUAGUUGAGAGGAUAUGCCAGGUCAAGCAUGAAGAGGGAGAUUUACUAACGGGUAGAGAGAACAAUAUUGAGAAUCAACUAUCUGAACUUGCAAAGGCAAACAGUAAAGAGCAGAACUUUAGUUCAUGGAUGGAAAAGGCAGAGAACGGCCAACAUAGUUUGGUUAAAAACCUGCGGGAGAGAUUUCAGAACCUGAGUUCUUACACAUGAGACUUAUAAUGCAAAAUAUUUACUCAGCUGGUAUUCUGAUCUCCAAAAUAUGUAAAUUGGCCACGGUUGCACAGGUUAAGCAUGAAUGUUAACCUCCAGUUAUGAAUUCUCAGCAAACCAACAGAAAAAGUAUGUGUGUGCACCUCAGAGAAUAUAUUUAUGAGAUUUGCAUUUGUAAAUAUAUGUAUAUUUGUAUUUUCUUGCCAUAUUUUAUGCAUAUUUCAUUGAGAACACUUUUUAAAGGAGCCUACUGUGGUACUGUAAUUUUUUGAAAAGUGGUUAAAUAUAUAUAUAUAUUAUUUCUUCCAGACAUUUUAAAAUAAAAAGCAAUAAGGAAGAACAUGCAAAUAGGUCAGUGCAUACGAAGUUACCAGUGCACCUGUUUUUGUUAGAUUUGUUAAAUUUGUCAUGUUUUCAGAAAAGCACUGCAAUAUUAAAUGCAAUAUGUUAGUUAUUUUGAAAGGCACUGCCUGAUGUCACUUCACUGUUUGUGUUUCGAGCACUGACCAGAGGAAAGGAAGUAAUCUCAUAUAAAGACGUCAUUCCACACUAAUGAGGAGAAAACUGGAUAUCAUAAUCAGAUUAAGCCAGAUGAUUGAUAAACAGUGACCAAAACUGAUGUAAUUUUCAAUCUGGAAUGUUUAAUGAGUUAAAAAUGGUCAAAUAAUGCUCAGUUUGCCAAUGCUGCUCUUUUUAUUUACAUUUUUUAUUUUUUUUUACAACGUUUUGUGCCGUGUCUGUCUUACUGUUGAUGAUUUCUAGUUGAUUUAAGGUCAGAUGUGAUUCCACUCAUCUGAGAAUUUACCUGCAAAAUUCUCAGCAUUAUGAGGUCAUUGAAGUUAAUGGAUAAGCAAUUUGAGCAACAUUAAUGCACAGUCACAAAAUGUGUGUUUGGGUGUCGUUUAAUGGGAGAUUUUAUAAGCUAGCUUGUUUUCGGUUGUAUUUCUCUGCUCAUUGUUAAGGUUUAUUUCCGAGCAUGACGUCACUGUUAUCUUUUAUAUUUAACCUUUUUUUAUUUAUUUGAAUUGGUGUAAAUAUGAUGCACAAUACCUCUGUAAAAAUGUCCAAUGCAUUUCCUGUUUUUCAGUCAGACUACAUUAAAAGAAGCUUUCCACACUAUAA